AUGACUAUUUUAGAUGAAAAAGCUGGCGAAAAAUGCGAGUUCAAGGUAUAUAGUCACAGCAAAAAGAAGGAUGGAAAGGUCGCCGUGGAAGUUCUCACAAAGCCAUUCGAGAACAUCUCGUUAGCGGAAAAAGAUAGCCCAUAUGCUCUCGUCCUUAAUCGCUACCUUGGAGAGAAGAAUGACGUCGAAAAGGUCACUUUACAGGUCAACUCCAAACAUCUUCAUAAGGUGUUUCGCGAGGAGAUCGGCUCAUAUCCCACAGUUCCCUCCGAUUUCACUUCUUCGUUCAUGCUGGAGAGCCCAUUUCAAAUUCUGCUCCAUCAUUGGGAAGACCUCGAUGAACGUCGCAAGUCAACUGAUGAUGUGAACGAAAAGAAUGCACAUGAACCUCUUAUUUGA